UAUGUUUGUGUUUCAUACUCAAUUCAAUUAGAUUAAAUGAGUGGAAGAAGUCGCAAGCAAAAUGGUGCACUAUAUAAACGUGUUGGUUAAAAUUUGUCUUUUUCUCUAUUUGAUACUUCUGACAUCGGCUGUGAAUUUACUAGACUACGAAAUGACGGAUAAAUUAGUGGAAAUCGAUAAGAAUGAUUGGGUUGAGCUCCGAGAUUUGUAUCGGACAGCCUGGCCAGAAAGGAACAUCAUCAGUUACUACAUUCUCGACAAUUUCAUCGGUUGGGUAAAGCAAGAGCCCAAUUUCAAGCAUUUACAUGUUUACAGUUUAAAUGGUGAUUGGAGCGAUGGAACGUUUAUCGUAAUCCACCGCAAUAAAAUGUUCAUCGAUACCUUGAGUUCAUCGACUGAAAGAAUGUUCAAACUACUUCAACUGGUUGAUUAUCGUCACGGAAUUUCAUUCAGUAUGAUCUCAUCGGAUAGUCUUCGUGAGGUCGUAUUGAGAACGGUGGACAACGAAUCACUGAACAUCAAUAAAACUGCCAGGUGGUUGUCGUUUUAUAUGCCGAGAGAAGUGGCUACCAAUUUAGACUUUCACAUUCCAGACGACGUAACAUUGCGACCACUGGAUGAUUCUGACUGCGAAGUAGUCAACAACGCUUUGACGUAUAAAAGUAACGGGACGUUGCAAUUGCUAAAAAUACAACGACGACUGAAUCCGAGUGUUGGGAUGUUCACAACGGAGGGAAAGUUAAUUGCAUGGUCGUUUCAAACGCAAACGGGUUCUAUCGGCGCACUUUAUGUUCAUCCAGACUAUCGCCGUCAAGGCUAUGGAAGCUUAGUCGUCAAAGCACUAAGCAAGAUCAUAGGCGAAAGAGGUGACCAUGUACUUGCUUUUGUAGAAGAACUUAAUAUGCCAGCUAGAAAACUGUUUGAAAAAUGUGGCUUUACGAUUGUUGGAACCAUUCAUCGGAUUGUUACUAGUCCGAUAUUUCCGUUUGAAUGGAUCGAUGUAUUUGAUUAAUAUGUUUUUUGCUCGGUCAAUUUACCACAUUGAUUCAUUAGGAUUGACGACAAAUGUAAAAGAACGAAACGAACAAACAUUGAA